AUGGGGAAAGCCAAAGAAUGGUAUCUUGAUCAAUUACCAAACGUGAUGACGGAUUGGAAUUUAUUGGAAGAAAAUUUUUUAGAGAGAUAUUUUCCUCAAUCCCGAUUCAUGGAAGCCAAAACGGCAAUUGCGGUAUUCACUCAAGGAAGCAACGAAUCUUUAAAUGAGGCUUGGGAAAGAUUCAAAUCCAUACUUAGAAAAUGCAAGGGUCAUGGUUUUGAUGAUCUCACACAAAUCCACAUCUUCCGAAAUGGGCUUCAACCGGUACACAAAACACUUUUGGAUGCUACCGCGGGUGGAUCCUUAAUAUCAAAAAGUGCGAAGGAUGCAACAAUGAUAAUUGAUCGUAUGGAACUCAAUGAUCUCCAAACUCAACAUGAUAGGAGUCUAUCACAAAGAAAGCCGGGUGUUCUUGAAUUAAAUACCAAUGAUGCCAUCCUUGCUCAAAACAAGAUUCUCUCUCAACAAGUAGAGUUACUCACCAAGCAAAUGUCGAAGCUCCCACAACAAAUGAAGGAAAUUCAUGGAAUGCAAAUGACUUCUCAAGUAGCAAGUUGUGAAUUUUGCGAAGGUGACCACCCUACCGGCUUUUGUCCACCACCCGAAGGAGAGGAGGUUAAUUAUGUGAACAACCAACAUCAAGGCUAUCAAAGGCAACCUCCAUACCACAACAACUCUUAUCAAAGGAAUAACCAAGGAUUCCAACCCUCAAGAUUCAACAACCAACACAACCAACAUCAAAGCCCCUAUCAAAGUCCAAGUCCACAAGGUCAAAGUCAACAACCUCAAGGCGGAAGCUCAAAAUUGGAAGACACUCUCAACCAAUUCAUGCAAGUUUCCAUGGAGAAUCAAAAGACUAAUGUGGCUUCCAUAAAGAAUUUAGAGAAUCAAGUGGGGCAGCUUGCAAAACAAUUGGCCGAACAAUAA